CCCGGAGCAAUCGAUGACGUCACUAUGAUGAUUCUGCUUAAUUCUGCAUUUCUUUCUGCUGUUGUUUGACGUGGGUGACUAAUUGUUAACUUGUAAACUUGUGAUUAACUAUCAAGUAAUUCUCUGAUUCUCUUCUUCUAUAGAUAGUUAAUACAGGUUUUGAUUUCGAUACUCCGUGAGUCCUUGCAUGAAUAUGCAGUCCCGCAGAGACCAAGUCAAACAUGUUCUCAAAAAAGAUUCAAUAAAUGAAAAUGCGCUCCUGUUGUUUGCCAAACUGUCGUCUUGUGUUUUAGAAAGAAAACAAUCAUAUAAAGGUAAAUUGCCGAUUGGAUUACCGAGGGAGAUUUCGUCUUUAAUUCUAGACACGAUAUUAGAAUUGGGCAACCCGCUGGAGAAGCCACUAGACGUGACCGCAGCCAUCGUUCAUACCUGGUUUUUGUACACUUUACCUAUACAAACGCAACUAAUAGCGUCGAACGAUGUAUUGGUAAGGUUUGGAUUUCUAUUCGGAGGACGAUAUUUCACCGUUGACAUCAUGUUGAGUCCUCAUCCAGCAUAUCCUGGAGAAAUCCGGCUAACAGAUUGCGCGACAAAUGCCACCGGCCGCAUCAAUUUCGAAAAUAUCAACUUAGUUGAUAACCCUAACGGUAAUGGUGAACGAAUUUUCGAUCAGGAAGGAGAACGUUUGACUAGGUUGACAGCGAAUUUGGCCGAAAACUUCUUCAAGCCGAUGCUAGAACCACUAGAUGUCCCACUGGUACAAACAGUAGAACAGUGAUUCGUGCAGCCAUAGUGUUAAAUACUAAGGAAUAUUACAGUGUAUAUAUAUUGAUUGGAAUAAAUUGUUAAAAUUUUGAA